AUGACUGUAGGAGUCAAGCCUGCUCCAAGACCAGCAUAUCAAACAGCAAGCACGAUACCCCAUGCUGUCCAUUCGCCGGGCACUUCGACAAUUACUCCUACAGAAGAAACUAUUCAUGGUCAACUUGCUGCUGCAUCUCAUGUACAACUUCAAAAUAGCAAUGGUGCAAAGCUCUAUAAAACAUUAUCGGCAAGCUCUGAGUAUCCUGCUCCUGCGGGAAUUUCUCCAUCACAACUCCACAUUAUCGCUGGCUCGACCUUACUGCGAACCGCUGUAGCCGCAGCAAAUUACCGUGAAGAACGACCGAGCUCAAAUAGCGGUCCCGCCCACACGCCGAAUUAUGCCAAUCAACUGCAAACCAAUGCCAUGCAGGCCAAUCUCUACAGUACUAUUAAUAGCAUGCGGUUACAACAACAACACCAUGCUCCUCCAAACGCUGGCAAAUCUCCAGGAGCAGUUGCCCUUGCCGCCGUACAAGCUGCAGCUGCUGCGCGAUCACCUAUGGAUCCACUAAGGCAUGGAGCCUACCAUGCACAAGUGAUGUACAAGAAUCUUGUUCCUCAAGUGCCACAAACACCUCUUAUACCUCGUCCUACGGUCACUGCGUCUCCUCAUGUAGUAAAUCGAUACUCUUCUCAAAAUGGAGUCAAGCAGUCAUCUAGUCCAACUAUUGUAAGGGCCCAAACAGCGUCGCAGUAUGUAAUGCCCCAAGUUUCAUCUCCGAGUCGUUUGGCUGCUACGUCGCAUGGCUCUUACCAUCUUCAAGCUCCUCCGGUAUCCAAUGUAAUACCUGGUUCUCCCGGACCUCCGGCCCAGAUACAGCAAAUCAUAUCAACGCCAUCACCUCGUCCUAGUAUACUGCGAAAGAGGGGAGAUGGAUCAGGUACUCCAGUGGCAGCAAAGCGUAGACUUCCAUUUAUGGACGAAACGCCAAGUUCACCAAGCAGCUCAUCACAAUCUGUCGUGCCGCCGUAUAACGCUGGACCUACACCUCCUGCAUUUGAACUGUCAAAGGAGAGUGUGAACGGUACUCCAGAAGAAAGCCCAAGAAAAAGGAUGAGGAAACAACAGUUUGAAACAGAUGCUACACCAGAACAGAUAAAGAUGGCGAUCAAUGUGAUGCAGCCCAUUGCUGGUGGGUCAGGGGCUUGGAGAUUUACUGGACAUCCUGGAUUUAUUGCACCGGGAAUUGUGGAGAAGAAGAAACGUGGAAGGCCUCGCACAAAUUCUCGCCCAGCAACAGGCUUUUCAAACAUCAUCAAGGGCCAAAGUAUAUGCGUUGAUCUUUUUCCAGCCCUACCAUUGGAACUGCACCAACGUGUUAGCGUGUUUGUGGAUAUUGAUAGCCCAGAAGAGAAAAGUAAACCAGUAGUGGCUUCCGCUGGUACGAAUUUGAAGAACCUUCAAGUUCUUUUAGAGUCGGCUCGAGGUUCUGCUGCGAGUGUACCUCCAGUUCAUAUCGAUCUUCCCAAAUCUAAAUCAGAAGUGAAGGAAGAAUCAAGAAAUGUGGAUGAUGGCAAAGCAGACAGUUGUGAACGACACGAUACAUCAGAUGAGGAAAGUUCCACACCUAAGCCAUUACAAAGAAAGAAAAACAAGAGUACGGAUGUGUUGUCAAAAAGCAGUUUAUCGGUUGAGGAACAACAAGCUGAAGAUGUGGCAGGGUUCUUGGCAGAUUGUUUGGAGGAGAACAAAAAGGAGCAGCGUAUCAGGCAGCGAAUACGAGAAUUGGAUCCUGUGCCAUCUGGAUCAAAAACAUUUUUUGAUAUGGUUCCUCGAAACCGUUUCAUUGUCUCUCAUGCUCACCCUUACUCUGUUCAAAGUUGGAGUUCAUCUAAGGAAAACGACCUUCUUGUUAACCACUUCAACACCACUGAGGAGUUUGAGUCUACAUAUGAGAAAUAUCGAAAGCUCAAGCAUCUCCAACGACAGGAAGCCAAGUUCAGUUCUAGUUUACAAAUACGAGAGGCAGCGGAGCGGUGUGUUGAGUAUUGUGAGAAGAACGUGAAGAACUUUUGCGAGUCAUUGGGCUUUCACCCUUCGAGGACAAACGACGAUCUUGCUAAAGAUGACUUGAUCUCGUUGAUGGAAAAUGUGCUAAAGGAGCGCUUAGAAACUACUGAGGGAUUCACAUCUGCUGGGACUAGUUUGUGCAGCAGUGGCAGUGUUUUGGGACUACCUUUGGUGUCAUGCGGAGAAAAGCAAAGUGAUUGUGUAUCAGCAAGUGUUGCUGCGAGUACGUUAGAGGGAAGCGAUAAUUUACGAGAAUAUUCGGAGAACAGAAUCGAAUUUAAGGAGAUCGAACAGAUUGUGGAUGAAAUGAUUUCCUUCAUUUCUCGGAAGGAUGGAGAAGAAGAAGGAUUUGUCGAACGAACGUUCGUUCGAGAUGUUACUGGUAGGCCAGUGAAAGUACAAUGUGGUCAGAAGGUGACUAACGGAAUCUUGUCGGCGAGGCGAUCGCGAGCUCGGCUUCUUCAAUCUGACUCCUUUGCAUCCAUUCUUAAGAAUGUAAAGUCAUUCUUAAACGAAUCUCAAGAAUUGUUCGACAAUGUAUUCUCAACGGCCUCAUCUUAUUCGACUAGAAGCUGGUGGAACACUGUCACUUCGAAAAGAACGAGAAGAAAACAUGGAAGAGUAAGCAAUAGAAAAAUAUCUCCAUCAUUGGAACUUCCCAGCUCUGAUUACUCUCCAUGUUCUCCGCACGAAACACGAUCUCAUGUCGUCUCAGAAGAAGCUGCUGCUGAACUUAACUUGAUUUCACUCAGAGAAAAACUGGCCGUAAGAUUGCAUCACAUGAAUUUGCAAGUCAGUGAACAGAUUCGUUUUGAACAGCAGCUGCUGGAGAUAUUUGAACGAUUUUAUGAAUCAUACAAUCCAAAAGAGCAUUGGAAGACAAUGCUUGAUAUGGAACGCGAUUUUGAAGAAGGAGACUCAGAAGCAAUCAUUCAGCAAAAGAGAAUUGAAAGGCUUCGAUGUGUUCUUAUGCUGCCGCCGGGUAAGUUGGCUCCGGAGAAGAAACCGGAUUUUGGAGAACACUGUGGCACGGUUAUCAACUGUCCCGAUGAAGUAGAUAUGAAUAGGCAUAUGCUGGGUAUCUCACCAUUUUGGAGAGGCCCUAUGGUCAAAAGUAAUUCAAAAGGCUUCUAUCUGACUCGAACGGGUAAAAGAAUGCAUGAUAGAGAUGAAUCUUAUAAACCUCUUGACGAGAAUAAAAGAGAAUACUACCUCGAAGAUCUAGUCGACUAUAGAGAACCAACGAGGUUGCGGAGAGAUUUCUCCACCAUGGAACGGAUCUGGUCACAACUACAAAAUCUGGAAAUAUGUUUUAACGAUCCUGUUGUCAAAAAAGAGCCUAAUAGGGGUAACUGGAUGUCCAGAAGGAAGUUGGCGCGAUUAUCCGAUGAAGAUGUUGUUUAUCUUGGAUCAGUGCAAACGGAUGUUUUGAAAAUGCCAGAGCAAAAAGAAGCAGAAAAUCACCUAGAGGAAACCAAGGAAUUUCUCAACAAAGGCGCUUCAACGCGCGAAAUCCUGGCAACUGCUUUCAAAGCAAUCCGUCAAACUACGAUGAUGAUGAUCCAGACAAGGUUUGUCUGA